UUGACAUGUAUAUCACACCAACUGACUGGUUCUUCUGAUGUUGUUCUCACAGGAGACCAUGUUGAGACAUUCUCUACAUCCAGAGAGAAACAGCAGGAAGAUCACAGAGCUAAGAGGUCUCACCACUGCCCACAUUGUGAGGAGAUUUUCCCAUUUCUAUCAAAGCUAAAUAUACACCUAAAAAUACACACAGGAGAGAAUCCGUAUUCCUGUACUGACUGUGGGAAGAGAUUCACAACACCAAGGGCUCUGACAGUUCAUCAGAGAGUGCACCCUGGAGAGAAGCCUUACUCCUGCUCUGACUGUGGAAAGAUUUUCUCUUGUCCGGGCCACUUAAAAAGACAUGAACAUAUACAUACAGGAGUGAAGCCUUACUCUUGCCUUGACUGUGUAAAAUGCUACACAACAUCAUCUGAGCUAAAACUUCAUCAGAGAGUGCACACUGGAGAGAAGCCUUACUCCUGCUAUGACUGUGGGAAGAGUUUCUCUCGACAGGGUUUUUUAAAAGCACAUGAACUUAUACAUACAGGAGUGAAGCCUUAUUCCUGCUCUGACUGUGGGAAGAUGUUCUCUCAACUGGGCCACUUAAAAAGACAUGAACGUAUACAUACAGGGGUGAAGCCUUACUCCUGCUCUGACUGUGUAAAAUGCUUCACAACAUCAACUGAGCAAAAAGUCCACCACAGAACACACACAGGAGAGAAGCCUUACUCCUGCUCUGACUGUGUAAAAUGCUUCACAACAUCAACUGACCUAAAAGUCCAUCAGAGAACACACACAGGCGAGAAGCCUUACUCCUGCUCUGACUGUGGAAAGAGUUUCUCUCAAUCGUGCCACUUAAAAAGACACCAAGGUAAACAUAAAGGAGAGAAGCUUUACCACUGAUCUGACUGUAGAAAAUGUUUCAAAACAACAGCUGAGCUAAAAGGUCAUCAGAGAACAGACACCGGAGAGAAGCCUUACUUCUGCUCUUAAUUUGGCAAGAGUAACUCAAGUAAAAGUCUAAAGGUAUUCUGUUGUAAAUAUACCUUAGUUUCAAAAGUAAAAGUGAAUAAUUUCAAAUUGCUUAAAUGAACCUCUAUGCGAUGGGUGUCCUCUAACCAGGACGGUUGUUGCUAACUUCUCCAAUGUGACUAGAAUUAUGUUGUAUACAACAGCCAACUUUCCAGGACAUAGACAUGUCUUUACAGUGGGGCAAAAAAGUAUUUAGUAAGCCACCAAUUGUGCAAGU